CCCACGACGACUCCGCCACCCGACACCCUGACCAUUGACCAUGUCGAAUACCGCGUGCGAGAUGAGUUUCGAGAGGCAGCCAUCAAUGUCGCAGACGAGCUGGACCUGGACGAGGUCGAGGCGGCCAAACUGUGCAUCCACUCCCAGGUAGAUGGAAGCGGGAACGACCCUUCUCUGGUCUUUCGCGCCAUGAUUCGCUUUCACGAACAGCGCCAAGCGCUGCUGGACUGCUUGCGACUCUUGCUGCAACUGGGCCUGGAGGACGAGAGUGAAGAUGAUGAGAUGACGGAGGCGUUCAAAGAAGCUUCAAGUGCGAUAGUCACUGGUCAAGGUCGGGCUGCAUAUUGGCGCAAAUGCGUGGACGGCCUGACGGAUAUCGAGAACUUUCUCAAAAAGAUGGCUGAAUAUAAGGACAAGCUGGUCAUGACCGGCCAAGGCACUGGAGGCGACACAGGCGAGGCGCUUCGGGUUCAGCGCUUCUUACUCACCCGACAGCAUGAAUCGCUGUCUGCUGUGCUUGCCCACCUCAUUCGCUCAGGAUUUGUCUACGUAGAGGACUACCGCGCAUUUCUCAGCAAAGCUGCAGCUCUGGAGGCCGAUAUCGACAUCACAAUCCACUAUCUGCCGGUUCUGAUCAGCGGCGCAUCUCACUUUGCAUCGGAUCAAGGCAAUGUCACUGUGGGUGCUGCACGCGAGCUUCACAUGCUUUUUGCUGCUGGCAAUACCCGAUUGCAGUGGAAGCAGAGCAACUUGAGGGCUGCCGCCACGGUGUCAUGGCUCGCCGAAUACAACGCAAGGUUCGCAACCGGGACGAAUGAGCCUAAUCAAAGUGAGGCCGACCGGCGAGCUGGCGAAGAGGCUCGUAUGGACCUCUUCUUCGAGGCGCUGAGGGAUAAAGCAUUCCACUUCAUGCUUGCUGCUGCCGCUUUUCUCAAACCUGUGACCUGGCAUGAUCCUUCACGAACUGGAAUCGUUGACUUCCUCGUCGACAACGCCGUCAGUGUGGUCGCAAUGCCCCGUGCCUCUGACGAUUUCUCGGCUGUCACAAUGCACGAAUUGCAAGUCUUCACCGACGCUUUUGUCACCAAUAUGCCAGAUGCUCUGAGAAAGCUCAAGUUUGAGGAAGAUGAGAAGAGGCGGAACUUCUUGCCGCAAGGCAACGAGAAUGCCGACUCUAGCUUGGACCUGGAACGUUUCAUUGUCAUUAUGGCCUGUGCCUAUCAAGAUGACCCUGCAGCUGCGCAUGACUUCUGGGCGGAUAAGGAGAGCAACCUGUAUGGCUUUCUUCGAUGGGUCUCGCAGCGUCUGCCUACACCCCGGGUUGCCGCAUUCUGCCAGCUACUUAGAUCAAUAGCAUGCGAUGACAAGUCGGCAAACAAUGCUCAUCGCUUCUUACUCGAUGAGACUGCUAUGGGUGCUGGAAGACUCCGCAAAUCAUACGCUAUCACUGGCCAAGAGCGCAUCGCUAACGAAACUCAGCUCGAAGAGCCGGAGACAAAUAUCAUGCUGGACUCAUAUUUAGGUCUUGCCGCGCACAUAUGUCGGACAAGUCCUGAAGCCAGGAAAUGGCUUCUCGUGGAGCAAUCCGUCCACCUUGGCGAGGUCAUGUUCCAGCUCGCUCGGAGUGAUUCAUUGCCACGUAUUCGCGCAUGCUGUCUGGAUUUACUCACGGCGAUGCUCACAGACAAGAGCCUGGAAGUUCGCAAUGGCAUGUGGGUUCUCUUGGACAGCUGGAUAUCGAGCAGCGGUCUCGAUGGUUCAACUCUGUCCCGAGCGCAACCCAGAACGCCAUAUCCUGCAAAGCAAUACUUGAUGAUGUUUGCAACGAAUGGAGAAGCUGUCGCAUCUUUUCUCAGCUUGCUCAAUGCCCUCGUGUCUCCCAUAGAGAAUGCCGCCGAGGUUACUAUGGAAAAUCUACCGUUCCCCGAGAACCUGGGUGCGCCUCAUCGCCAUGCUGGUAUCGACACAUAUGUUGACUUCGUCAUGGAUUCAAUCUUCGCGAAAAAGGUACCUCGCAUGGAGAUGGAAGGCGAGGCAAGCAUGGUGGAGAUCGUACGAUACGAAUGUCUCAACUUCAUACAUCAGUGUCUGCUUACAUUCAACGAAGACUUGGUACUACUGGCAAACACAUCCAACGUAGCUGUGGAAGCCACAAUGGAGACGAAAUCUUUCGCCUCCUAUGCUCGCCUGCAUCCGUUCGCGCGUGCGAUGGAAUGGAUCUUCGACAAAGGCGUCGUUAACUCGUUAUUUGCGACCAUACAAAUCAGUAUUGAUACUCUGGACAAUGCUGAACCAUCAGCGCCUGUCGUGCAAGCAGUUCUGAGAGGACUACAAAUCCUGAGCUUGGCCUGGAAACUUCAGCCUACCUACCUGGAUAUUGUGCGACCAAUUAUCGUCAGCCAGACUUCGAAGCAGCAACCAGUGGGGAGCUCGACUUUGACUUCGGUCGACGAGGUCCUCCUAACGCACCUUCAUUGCGUCGUCCAUGUUGCACAAUUCACUGUCUGCAAGCAUGUUGAGAUCAGCCUUGAGAGCAUUGCACUUCUGCAGCGGAUUGGGUGUUCGAGGAAGCUCGCUGACAUCCCCGAAGACGGAGCUCGUGGCCGGAGUAACCGCCUCAUUGGGCUCUUCGCGCCUGUCAGCACAUCUCUUACACUGGAAUUGCAACAAGACUUCAACUUGGAGGAAUGGGAUCUGGAGAGUGGCGAAGCACCCUUGAAGCUUGUCCGCGCGAGGGCAAUCUUGGAACUAAUCCAUGCGAGUCUCGAUGCCUCAGAUGGCAGACCGAGCCUCGGACACAGCUUGUUGGGCUUUGCAUGCUACGAGCACACAGUAGACGUGCUCCCACAGACUGCAUUUGCUACCUCUCAAUCGCUGUUUCACGCCAUCGCUGCACGAGCUGCCGAUCUGCAAGUGGUUAUUGGAGACACUGGAUACAGGUCCUGGUUGUUGAGCGUAAAAAGAGGAUGCCUCGAGGUGGUGAACAAGCUAGCAGUCUCGCCGCUAACAUCGCAAAUCGUGCAGCCGCAGCUUCGUGCGAUGGACUUCCUUCCAGCCUUGUCGAGGUCACAACUUCCCGUCUCAGUGAGCCCGUUUUGGGACUUCAAAUCUACCGUGGAUCCUGACCUCCUCUUGGACAGUGCGGCUCAUGCUAUUCGCGACUUCAUGCGGGUCCGAGAAGCUUUCUUCGAGUUCGCUGCUGCCGAUCUACGCAUGGCAUCGAAACAAAGCUCAUUCUCGGUGCAAGAGAAGAUUGUCAGCGCAUUACUUGGCACGAUCAAGCUCCCGGCUGGGGAGAAUUUACCCACUGCUUCCAUCUUUGAUCUCCUCGACUUCUUUGACCUUGAGACAGCCAAUGCGCUGGAGCCAAACUACGCACAAUGUUUGUUCUUCAGGGACGUCGACCUAUCAAGCUGCAUGAAAGAUUAUUCGACAAGUAUGGACCUCUUUGACAUUGGCUUGGCAACGGAGCUGUUGACACUACGCAAACGAGAACUGAAGGAAAGUGGUGUAGUCAAGGAGGCCUCUGAGGUGGAGCGAGCCAACGACGAAGUCAAGGCUAUUUUGGCCUCUCUCAUCAGUCAGAACAGCUGGCUUGCGAUACACGAUGCUCGGACCGACGCUCUCGAAGCCUGGACGGAACUCAUGUCCCUUAUCGUCACGAAAGGUGGACUGAACACUAACGACGUGAUCGCCCUCUCACUGCAAGGACUUCUAGUAGUCCUCCCAAAGUUCGAGAAGAGCUUGAGCGACAACCCUGAGGCCACCGGCUUGCUUGCAAAACUCACACUUACCUUAACCGAGGCCAUCAGUCCUGCUUCGCAUGAUGCAUCUCAGCAGACCGCCAAUGUGGCCAUCGAACGCCUUUUGGCCAUAUUCCGGGUGUCUUUGAAGGUCCUCGCCGAUGGCGAUGCUGAUUUGGCGCUCCGCGACAUAUGCUACCGGACAAGCUGUUCAGUACUUGCAUCUUUGCCUGUCACAGCGGGGGCUCCCCCAUCCGCCUCUGCUAAGCAGUUGCUUUCACUGGUACAAAGUGCUGGCGAGCGGCUGCUGGCCGUUGUGACCGAAGAUGCCUUUUCCGGUCGUGGAGUCACCAGAGUGUCGGCGCUCUUGUUCCUUGACGGCCUUAUUUCAUUGUACCAAGGUCUGAAGGUCACCUCUUCGCUACUAAAAAUACUAAUGAAGCUGAACUUCGUGCCCGUACUGGUCGACAGCAGCAUUGGUGGCGUUGCCGAAGCCUUCAAGAUCGAAGGGGAGACGGUCAUCACGCUAGCUUUCUAUCAUACAGCUCUUGCGUUACUCCUCCGUCUUUGUCAGACGUCUGAUGGCACAGCACUUGUGCUCAACUCGGGUCUCUUUGCUACGAUCGAGGAGAGUAGACUGUUCAGUACCGAUCCAGACAUCGGAUUGGAUAUCGACAACGCGAUAGCUCUGCGAGACUGA